AUGAAUAUCUCGCAGUCGAUCCCGUCGACUGUGAAGAGCGUCUCCUUCUCUUUUCUGACCUCCGAUGAUAUCCGGAGAAUAUCUGUCAAGCAAAUUAUAAAUCCCGUCCUCCUCGACGAUCUCAAUAGACCAAAUCAUGGAGGCCUCUACGAUCCCGCACUUGGUCCAAGCGAACGACAAGAUAUCUGCGCGACAUGUCAUCUCACAUACUUCUCGUGUCCUGGCCAUUUUGGCCAUAUCGAAUUACCUGCGCCAGUCUUCCACCCGCUCUUCAUGCCAAAUAUGUUGAACCUCCUACGUGGGGUAUGCUUAUACUGCCACCGAUUUAAGAUGGGAAGGAGUGUGAUGUGCAAAUACAUUGCGAAAUUCCGCCUGCUGGAGCGCGGGCUCUUGGAUGCAGCUCAAGGUAUCGACGAGAUACACAUAAGGGUCUCAGGUUUAGGGAAACGUGGCGUUCCGCAGGAUGACGAUGAACCUGCCGAGGUUUCGGAGGAAUCCUUCGAAGACUUCCAGAAGCGCAUCAACCUAUACGUUCUGCUCCAUCUACAGCGAACAGAAAACAAGCGUGACAAUUACAAGGAUGGCCAAGUCUACCAAGCUCGAAAACAACUGAUAGCUGAGUUCCUCAAGACAACGACGCUGAAUAAAUGUCAUAACGAAGGCUGCUUUGCGCCUGCGUACACCUUCCGUAAAGAGGGUCACACCAAGAUCAUCGAGUAUGACCUAACAAAGAAGCAGAAGAACUCGCUCCAAGGAUUAAAGCGGCCAAAUGUCCUCCGCGAAGAGAAACUGUUUGGCGACCUCCCAGCAAAGGAGGUCAAUGGUAGCACAGACCAAGAUGGAGAUGUGGAGAUGGAUGUCGAUGGUCCCGAGUCGAGUCCGGAACCAAGUGACGACGAGGGAGAACCUACGGAUCCGGCAGCUUUGCCUAAAAGUGCUAGUGGGAAGGUCAAGACUGCUCGAGGACGAGCAGAACGCGUUGUAAUACCUGAAGAGUGUCGUGCUCAUCUUCGACGCUUGUUCCGUCGCGAAGCCCUCAUCUGUUCGUUACUGUAUGGGCGCCAUGGUCAUUUCGCUCCUCUGACGCCUGCUGGAUUUUCGCUCGCUUCUCCCGAUAUAUUCUUCAUCGACGUGAUCCCUAUUACACCUACGCGUUUCCGACCUCCUGCGAAGAUGAACGACACGCUCUUCGAGCAUCCCCAGAAUGAAUUGCUUUCCAAAGUCCUGAAAACCUCAUAUCGUCUCCGUGACCUCAACAACGAUUUGCGGGAAGCGUCUGAGAAGACAGCCGAACUGGAUGAGGCCAAUCGCCGACGGAUUCUAAGCAUGCUGCUUGAUAGCGUGUUGCAGUUACAAGUGGACGUCAACAGUUUCAUGGAUAGCAACAAAAAUCCGUCUCCUAUGCCUCAGGGGAAGCUUCCUCCAGCAGGUGUCAAGCAGUUACUCGAGAAGAAGGAAGGCUUGUUCCGCAAACACAUGAUGGGCAAACGAGUCAAUUACGCCGCUCGCUCCGUUAUCUCUCCCGAUGUUAAUAUCGAGCCCAAUGAAAUUGGUAUACCACCGGUCUUUGCGAGGAAGCUCACAUUCCCUGAGCCGGUCACCCCUUUCAAUUUUCACGAAAUGCGUCAGAGAGUCAUAACAGGUCCACAUGGAUACCCAGGUGCUACGAUGGUCGAAUACGAGAAUGGCGAUCAGUUGUUCCUUGAUAAAAUGAGUGUUGAACAGCGCACUGCUAUUGCUAAUCAAUUGUUGACGCCCCAAGACAACGAACGGACGAAGGGCGGGUUGUACACACGAACUCCCUCUGUCAACAAGAAAGUCUAUCGACAUCUGCGAGAUGGCGAUAUGUUGAUCUUGAAUCGGCAGCCCACCCUCCAUAAGCCGAGUAUGAUGGCACAUAAGGCUCGAGUACUGCAAGGAGAAAAGACCAUCCGCAUGCACUAUGCCAACUGUAAUUCGUACAACGCUGAUUUUGAUGGUGAUGAAAUGAACAUACAUUUCCCUCAAAAUCAGGUAGCUCGCGCGGAAGCAAUGUUCAUUGCUAACACCGAUAAUCAAUACCUCGUACCAACAUCAGGAAACCCAUUGCGUGGUCUGAUUCAAGACCACGUUGUUGCUGGGGUCUGGAUGACUUGCCAAGAUGCGUUCUUCACCCGAGAGGAGUAUUUCCAACUACUCUAUGGUUCCUUACGUCCAGAAGACGAUCAGAGCCGACUGGUCACACUUCCGCCGACUAUAUGGAAACCCAAACCUCUUUGGACGGGGAAGCAAAUUAUCUCGACUAUUCUGAAAAACAUCACACCUAGUCAUACUGAUGGUCUCAACCUGCGCGCAACGGCAAAAGUCCCUGGACCUCUAUGGGGCCCCGAUUCAAAAGAAGAUCAAGUCGUUUUCAUGAACGGAGAACUUCUCUGUGGCGUCCUGGACAAAGCAGCUUUUGGUGCCUCUGAUUACGGCCUCAUCCACUCUGUCUACGAACUUUAUGGCGCAGAGAUCGCUGGAAGAUUACUCGGCAUCCUCAGUCGACUCUUUACCAAAUUCUUGCAACACCGUGCUUUUACUUGUCGGAUGGAUGAUUUGAUUCUCACUCCGGAUGGAAAUGCAAAACGUGUCGACCUGCUGAAUAAAGACAAGAACCUUGGUACCGAAGCCGCCAUUGACAAUUUCCCAUCUUUAAAGGAUACCCCUCAGAACGAGCUACCGGCGGCUCUUUCAAAUCUACUGGAGGAUGUCCUACGAGAUGACAACAAAAUGGCUGGCCUCGAUAUGACAGUGAAGACAAAGCUAAAUGAUCUCACGGCAUCUAUCACCAAGGCCUGUUUGCCUUCGGGACUGUACCGCAAAUUCCCUCACAACCACAUGCAGGCCAUGACUGUCUCUGGUGCGAAGGGUAGUGCGGUCAACGCUCGCCAAAUUUCCUGCGCUCUUGGUCAACAGGAAUUGGAAGGCCGGCGAGUACCUGUCAUGGUCAGCGGAAAGACGCUACCGUCGUUCAAGUCGUUCGAAACGAAGGCGAUCGCCGGUGGUUAUGUCGCCAGCCGAUUCUUGACUGGGAUCAAGCCUCAAGAAUUCUACUUCCAUUGUAUGGCUGGCCGUGAAGGUCUCAUCGAUACAGCCGUCAAGACAUCGCGUUCAGGGUAUCUGCAACGGUGUUUGAUCAAACAUCUCGAGGGUAUACGAAUUCACUACGACCACACCGUUCGCGGAAGCGAUCAAUCCGUCUACCAGUUCCACUAUGGUGGCGACGCUAUCGACGUCACGAAACAAAAGCAUCUCUACCAAUUCGAAUUCGUCGCGCUCAAUGAAGUCUCCCUUGCCAAUCUCUACAAACCUUCGGCUGUCAUCAACUCUAUCAAUGAUCAUGAGGCCGUUGCAUACAUGAAGAAAGUCCUCAAGCGCCCGGCUGACCGUCCAGACAUGACCAAACCCUCUAAACGUGACAAGUAUGAGCCGGCACUGUCAUUAUAUAGCCCAAGUAGAUACCUGGGUAGUACUUCCGAGCAAUUUGCGACCGCCGUGGCUCGUUACGUCAAGACAAAUCCAGAUAAACUUCUCGAGACGAAGGAUAUUGCGGAACAGAUGCCAUCCAGAUACUCCCCCAUUUCCCCGUUGCAUUUCCGUCUGUUAAUGAACAUCAAGUACAUGCGGAGUCUUGUUGAACCCGGGGAGGCUGUCGGCUUGCUCGCAUCGCAAAGUAUUGGGGAGCCCUCAACUCAGAUGACACUGAACACUUUCCAUUUCGCCGGCCACGGUGCCGCGAACGUCACACUGGGUAUUCCUCGUCUGCGAGAGAUCAUUAUGACUGCCUCUCGAAAUCCCAAAACGCCUUCUAUGAAUAUGACAGUUCGGCCAGGCGUAUCAAGCGAAGACGUUAAGUUGUUCUGUACGCGAGCUAGCAGGCUCGUACUUUCCCAAAUCAUCGACAACGUCACGGUCAAGGAGCGAUUGAAGGUCGAGGGAGAAACUCGACGAACCGAGUUCUCGGUCAAGCUCUCAUUUUUCCCCCAAGAAGAGUAUGAGGCCGAAUACGACGUAGAGCAUUCCGAGAUUAUGGGUUGCUUCGCCUCGAAGUUCCCACUUCUUUUGAAGAAGGAGAUGCAGCUCGAGAUGAAGCGACUGGACGCGGAUCUUAAAAGUCAGAUUGCUGAGCUGGGUAAGGGCAAGAAAGAGAGGGGCGGUGCCGCCGACGCAGCAGAUGACGAAGAGGCGGACGAAGCUGAACCCAAGCCUAAGCGAGGCCAGGACGAGGAGAGCGAAGCUGGUGACGGCGAUGCUGACGAUGAAAAACGGUCUCGACAAAAGAAACAGAUGGCCACUUACUCUGACGACGAAGAUGAGGGCGAAGGUGGGGACGAGUACAACGAAGCGGCCAUAGAAGCGGCGUACGCAUCGGACGAUGGGGAGGUUGUCGAAGACGAAGCGGUAUCGUCGAAGAAACGAACGAAACUAGCAUCGCGGGUCGUCGCUGACUUAUUUAUGAGAAAUCUACAUCUGGCAACAACGUUUGACUUCACACCAUUCGAAUGCAAUUUCGAACUUCAGUUCUCUCCCGGAAUGCCAAAACUAUUGCUCGUUGGGAUCAUCGAGAGAACAUGUCGGGCUACUGUCAUUCGUGAGAUCCCUGGGAUUGUGGACUGUCUUCAAAUAAAGGAAUCAAAAGACGAUGCUUCAGUAGUGAAGCUCAAUACCAAUGGCUCCAACCUCAAAGGAAUGUGGGACUUUGCGACGUCUUCUGACGAAAGCAUCUUAGUCGACAAUGAGAUUUACUCCAACGAUAUUUAUGCUAUUCUCAAGACAUAUGGCGUAGAAAUGGCUCGCGCUGCAAUUCUUCGCGAGAUGAGUGGCGUGUUCGGCGCCUAUAGCAUUCAGACUUUUGAUGGUGGCUAUAAGCCCUUCAACCGAAGCGGCAUCUCCACCAACGCAUCUCCACUGCUAAAAGCUUCUUAUGAAACCACCGCCGCGUUCCUCUCCGAUGCGACAUUAUAUGGUGAUUACGAUGAUCUCUCUACGCCGUCUGGGAACAUCGUUCUUGGCAGACCCAACUUUACGGGAACCGGAGUCUUCGAUGUUGUGAUGAAAACCGACGCGCCUUCGCUGUAA